GUCUCUGUUAAGCGACGGGAAACCCACGCGAGGAAGAUGAACCCGGUGGAAUCUGUGGUGGCCCAAAUACAGGGGUUGUCUGGCAGCGCCUCCGAUUUAUCUGCUCUCCACAAUUACUUGAAGCAAGUCGAUGAGGCGCUCCACUCCGAGUCCACUCAGUUGAUACCUUUUCUCGACCAACUUGACCCCUCCAAGCAUUCUCUGGGUUAUCUCUACUUCUUAGAGGCGUGCACAUCAGGACCGGUUACAAAAGAGCAAGCUGGUGUUUUUGUCUUAACAAUUGCUAGAUUUAUCAGUUCUUGUGCUGCUGAGCAGAUUCGUUUGGCACCUGAUAAGUUCACUGCGGUUUGUAAGAGGUUCAAGGACCAAGUUUUGUUGCUUGACGCACCCUUGCGUGGGGUGGCUCCAAUGCUGACUGCAGUUCGGAAGCUCCAGUUGUCCACUGAACACUUGACAACUUUACAUCCAGAGUUUCUUAUACUAUGUUUGCUGGCAAAAUCCUACAAAAUUGGUUUUUCAAUUUUGGAGGAUGCUAUUUUUGAGGUUGAUCAACCAAGGGAUAUUUUUCUCUAUUGUUAUUAUGGGGGAAUGAUAUGCAUCGGGCAUAAGCAUUUUCAAAAAGCACUGGAGCUUCUACACAAUGUUGUGACUUCUCCUAUGUCUACCAUCAAUGCGAUAGCUGUUGAGGCUUACAAAAAAUACAUUUUGGUCUCACUUAUUCACAAUGGACAAUUCUCUACUAAUCUUCCAAAAUAUGCUUCUUCAGCUGCUCAGAGAAAUCUGAAAAACUUAUGUCUGCCAUACAUUGAUUUGGCACAUUGCUACAACGAUGGAAAAGUCACAGAAUUAGAAGUAUAUGUACAGGCAAACAGGGAGAAGUUUGAAAUUGAGAGCAAUCUGGGUCUAGUGAAGCAGGUUGUCUCAUCCAUGUAUAAGCGAAAUAUUCAGAGAUUAACGCAGACAUAUCUUACUUUAUCACUCCAAGAUAUAGCCAAUACAGUGCAACUAAACAGCCCUAAGGAAGCAGAGAUGCAUGUUCUUCAAAUGAUUCAAGAUGGUGAGAUAUAUGCAACAAUCAACCAGAAGGAUGGAAUGGUUAGAUUCCUUGAGGAUCCUGAACAAUAUAAGACAUGUCAGAUGAUUGAGCGUAUUGACUCAUCAAUCCAGAGGAUAAUGUGGCUGUCAAAGAAGCUGACUGCUAUGGAUGAACACAUGUCAUGUGAUCCCUUGUACCUAGCAAAGGCUGGGCGCGAACGACAGAGAUUUGACUUUGAUGAUUUUGACACCGUUCCUCAGAAGUUCAAUAUAUGAAUGUGCUAUUCUGAAUCCACUGAAGAUUGACCAGCAGCAGUAAAUCUAUGAUGAGAAAGUUGCUCACAUACAGGUUUAGCUCUAUUGGCUCCAUAUUGUUCAAAGAGAUGGAGAAUGUUCCUUUUUAUUUUUUGGGAAAGUAGAUCAUUCGAAUUUGUUCUGUUUUUUCUUCCAUCGGAGGUGGAUAUAUAUGAAGAGAACUCAAUCCAGUCAUGAGUUAUUAUGAGAACUCAAUUUAUUUAUUGUUUUUUUGUUUUACUCUCUCCUUUGGUGAGCGACGCAAGUGCAUCC